AGACUUUUACUAGUUUCACAUCGACUUAAUUCUUAUUGCCAACCUUAUUCUAUUUUUAUUGUCAGUCAUGGGUCCAGUCAGGUGCAGUCAUGGUCAAGAAAUUCCUUUUUAGUGGACUGGAUUUUAUUAAGGACGAAGGAAAUCUUAUGCGUUGCAGGAAUUCUUCAGACACAAGAGAACGUAAUUACAAAGGAAAUUAUUUUUUGAAUAUGGAUAAUAAGGAUAAUGUAAAGAUUUUGUUGAUGUUAUAUCAACAACAUCCUUGUCUAUAUGUCACCAAGUGUGCUGAAUAUUAUAAUCGCAUGAAACGAGAUAAAGCUCUUCAAAUAAUAUGUAAACAAUAUACAGAUUUGACGGGACAACCGUUAACAGUUGACAUUGCGAAAAAGAAAAUUAAUAAUUUAAGGUCGCAAUAUCUAGAGCAACUAAAUAAAAUAAAGCAAUCAAAAUCAAGCGGUGCAUCAACUGAUGAUAUAUAUACACCAACUUGGUGGUUGUUCGAGGAUAUGAGUUUUUUGAAUCCUCGCAUUACUCAAAGAAAAGGAGAAUCUUCUAUAAUGAUUUCCAACUCUCAAUCGGAAUUAUUAGAACAUGAGACACCGAAAAAUGAGAUUGAAGAUUUACAAUUUCGAGAUGUCUGUAAUAUUUUAAACACAGAUUAUGAUAGCGAAAACACCAAUCCAAAUGUUCAGUCACCAUCAUGCAGUAUUAAUUCAAGUACAUCAAGCAAUAUUGCAUCGCUAAUUAAAAAAAAGAAAAAAAUCUGUAGAUUCGAACGAAACUUGUACAGACAAAAAUAAUUUUUGGACAAUAGCUUCCAAAUCGCUUCAGUCAAUAUCAGAAACUGAAAAACCAAAUGGUAUAAAACAUUGGAUUUUAUACAUAGAAAGUGAAUUGCGUAAAAUUUCGGACCAAAAGAAACUGAAACGAUUACAGAGAAAAAUUAUAAAUCUAAUUGAUAUUGAAGAUAGUGAUUAAUAUACACAAAUAUUGCAUAAAUGAUCUGGUUUGACUCUUGUGCGUUUGAGAAGGAUGCAUCUAAUAUAAGUUUGGUAUGUAUGUAAAAUUUUAUUUUUAUAUUCAUGAAAGAGAGCGAUUCGUUACCUAAUUAUGAGCAUUGUGAAUUCUUCGUUACGUAGUUCUUUUGCAGCAAUGGUGCAAAAGUAUGGUUAAACCAUUAAAGAUUGUUUUGUUCUUCAUUUAAUUUCUUUAUUGAUGUCGAUACGCGUAUGCCAAAGAUAGUGAUUAAUAUAUACAGAGACGAAAUGAACGAUAUGGCUUGAUUCUUGUGCGUUGACGUUAGAGAAAGAUGUAUCUAAUGUACGUUUGUCAUAUAUUAAAAAUUUUAUUUUUAUAUUUAUGAAAAA